UAAUUCUGUACAAUUGAAUGUGGGAUAGUGUAAGCCACUUUGUGCACCAAAAUUUUAAUUGAAUUGAAUAAAUCUCUGCAAAAUGACUUCCAAAUUUUUAUAUUUUGCUUAUGGAAGUAAUUUACUUGCUAAAAGGAUACACUUGAGCAAUCCAACUGCAGUCGUGAAGGACAUUGGUUAUAUAAAAAAUUUUAGAUUGGAUUUUCAAAGAUAUUCUACACGAUGGCAUGGAGCAUCGGCAACAAUUGUAGAAACAGAAAAUUCAGUUGUAUGGGGUGUGAUCUGGGAAUUAGAUAGGAGUAACUUGUCUACAUUAGAUUAUCAAGAAGGUGUUCAGGAUAAUAUAUAUCGUGUACUGUCAGUAAAUGUUGAAACUCCUAAUGGUACAAUUCUAAACUGUAGAGUAUACCAACAAUGUACUAAUCCAAAGGAAUAUAUGAAACUAGUAGAUCUUUCGAUGGAUAGGAGACCUUCACCGUUAUAUCUAGAUACAAUAUUGAAAGGGGCUCAAGAAAAUAAUCUUCCUACUGAUUACAUAGAAUUAUUAAAAACUAUACCACAUAAUGGAUAUGAAGGAAAAUAUGACAUCAGCCUUUCUCUGAUUGAAGAUUGAUUUCUACAAUGUUUUUAUCAUCUGACUUCUUUUGAUAAUGUUGAUCAAGAGUCACAUAUUCCAAUGCCAUCUCUGCUGUCAUUUUGUCUAAUAUGUGUCGGGGAAUCUUUAGUUUCAAAAAUUGUCUUUUGUUUAUCUAAAAAUAUGUUAUAUAUGGUGUAAAUAUGUC